AUGAAAAAUGCCACCCCGAAAUUCAAAGGGCGAGAAUUGGGAGUAGAGAGAGUUGAGAGAGAAGAGAGAGUAGAGAGAGUUAAGAGAGUAGGGAGAGUAGAGAGAGUAGAGAGAGUAGAGAGAGUAGAGAGAAUAGGGAGAGUAGAGAGAGUAGAGAGAGUAGAGAGAGUAGAGAGAGUAGAAAGAGUAGAGAGAGUAGAGAGAGUAGAGAGAGUAGAGAGGGUAGAGAGAGUAGAGAGAGUAGGGAGAGUAGAGAGAUUAAAGAGAGUAUAUAGAGUAGAUAGAGUAGAAAGAGUAGAGAAAGUAGAGAGAGUAGAGAGAGUAGAGAAAGUAAAAAGGGUGGAGAGAGUAAAGAAAGUAGGGAGAGUUGAGAGAGUAGAGAUAGUAGAGAGAGUAAAGAGAGUAAAGAGAGUAGAGAGAGUAGACAGCGUAGAGAUCGUGAAGAGAGUAGAGAGAGUAGAGAUAGUACAGAGGGUAUAUAGAGUAGAGGGAGUAGAGAGAGUAGAGAGAGUAGAGAAAGUAGAGAUAGUGAAGAGAAUAAAGGGAGUAAAGAAAGUAGAGAGAGUAGAGACAAGAGAGAGUAGAGAGAGUAAAGAGAGUAAAGAGAGUAAAGAGAGUAAAGAGAGUAAAGAGAGUAAAGAGAGUAAAGAGAGUAAAGAGAGUAAAGAGAGUAAAGAGAAGAGUAAAGAGAGUAAAGAGAGUAAAGAGAGUAAAGAGAGUAAAGAGAGUAAAGAGAGUAAAGAGAGUAAAGAGAGUAAAGAGAGUAAAGAGAGUAAAGAGAGUAAAGAGAGAAAAAAGAGUAAAGAGAGUAAAGAGAGUGAAGAGAGUAGAGGGAGUAGAGAAACUAGAGACAGAAGGCAGGGUAGAGAGAGUAUAGAAUGUAGAGAGUAA